AUGUUAACAGAACUUAUUAUAGAAAUUUGCGAAUGUGAAAGAAGAACUGAAACUGUUAGAAAAUUGCUUUCUUAAUUAUCUUAAUUUGAACCUUAUGCUGGUAAAUCAUUUUAUCAAAUUAGAGCAUUCAAAAGAAUGGACAAAAGUAGAUGUGGUGAAAUCUCAUACUAAGAUAUUAUUGAUUUUAUGCUUGAUAAUAACUGUACUCUGACAAGUUUAGAAGCAUCCUAUUUACUUUAGUAUUUAGAUUUUAAUAGAGAUGGAAGAGUUACUUAUACGGAGUAUAAAUAAAUAUCAAUUAUUUAGUUUUGCUAAAUAAAUACUACCUAAAACUGAUCUUAUUCUUAAAGAAACAGCUGCUGCUAGAGAUUCUUAUUUCGUUUUAGCUAAUAAAACAUUACCAAAUGAAGUUGAAUGGGGUUUAUACAAAAUACUACAUUAAGAAUUAUCUAAUUUUAAACAUCUCAAAAUUAUAAAAGAAUUGUGUAAAGAAUCUGUCUAAUAAACUUUCUAAAUUAUAGAUCAUUAUUAACUUGGUUAUUUCACUUCAUAACAGUAUUUAUAUAUAUUAUAUAAUUUAUAGUUUAGAAAGCUAUUUCAAAAAUAACUUUAUUCAAUAUGAUAAACAAGAUAUUAGUGCUUUCUUUCAUGCUUCUGAUAGAGAUGAAGAUAAUAAAAUUUCCAUUGUGGAAUUUAAUUAUGUCAUCAAACCAUUUCAUCCCUCUUAAAUUUUAAAAGAUAGAGAAAGAGCUUUCUACAGCACUCCUAAAAAAUAUAGAAGAAUUGAUAAUUCACCAAAACCAUAAAAUUCAUUUACUAAUGUAAGAUCAAAAUAAUUCAUUUACAAAACUCCAGUUAAAGCAGAUCUUUCUCAACCAGACUUAGAAAUCUAAAAACAACAAUUAAUUUAAUAAAGUGACUUUAAUAUCAUUGAUUUAUUCUAUCAACAGCCUAAAGCUACUCCAGAAAUGAAAUUUCGAAAAUUUUGUAAGACUAUUUUGCCAAAAAAUGCACCUCCAAAUUAUUAAACAAAACCUAUAAGUGCAAAAACAUAUUAGAUGAUGUUAAAUAUUCUUAGAUAAUGA